AUGAAGUCCGCUGAGCCACAAACAUGUCCUGCGGAUUCAGGAGGGAAGUGUAGUGGCUCUGAUGAUUGGGAAGGAGAGUUCUUCCCUGAGAUCCCUCAUAUUAAGUAUGAGUUAAGCGAUCAAAACCAUUUCUUUAUUGCUUUGGUUGUUAACGACUUGUUACAGGGACCUAAUAGCAGUAACCCACUUGCUUACAAGUGGUAUAACGCAGAAGAGGAGAUUCCCGGCAAGAAAAUGAAUGAUUGGUUUAGAUUCAGUGUUGCGUUUUGGCUUACUUUCCGAGGGACUGGAGGUGACCCCUUUGGUGCUGCUACCAAGUAUUGGCCCUGGGAAGAUGGUACCAACUCCGUUGCUAUGGUUAAGAGAAGAAUGAGAGCCAACUUUGAGUUUUUGAAGAAACUUGGAGUUGAUUGGUGGUGUUUCCAUGACAGAGACAUUGCCCCUGAUGGCAAUACACUUGAGGAAUCUAACAAAAACUUGGAUGAAGUUAUUGAACUUGCCAAAGAACUCCAAAAGGCGAUUCAUGUUGAAACCAAGAUUAGACCAUUGUGGGGAACGGCUCAGCUUUUCUUGCAUCCUCGAUACAUGCACGGAGGAGCAACUAGCUCUGAGGUUGGAGUCUAUGCCUAA